AUGUCAACAGCCGUGGGCAACGACGGCGGCAGCUAUAACAACUUUCUCGUGCCCCGGGUCCCCGGCGUAUCAUUGACCGAGGCCUUGGGCCACACACUAGCCCCCAAGCGGAGACACGUCAAGUGCGAUGAGGCGAAGCCCUCGUGUCGACGAUGCGUCAAGUGGCAGGGGUUCUGUGACGGGUACAACACCUCGGGCGGAUGUUCAGCCUCCACACCAGGGCCAGACAGCGGCCUGGACGGCACACCUGAAACCCGUGCUUCGGAAUCUCCCCCGGCCGAGAAACUCGCGGCGGACGGGGUCGAGCCGCUUCUGCCGUCCGGCGACCCCAACACCCUUCCGGUCGAGGUCGCCGACGAUCUGUUUGGGGAUCCGACGGAACGCCAGUACUUUGAACACUGGCUCGCCUACAGGUACCGGCUGGGCGGCGGCAUCUUCGACGAGCCGCUGUGGAGCGAGACCGUGCCGCGGAUGAGCCACCAGCACGCCUCGGUGAGGUACGCGGCCAUGGCCGUUGGCGGCAUCGCCAAGGCCCUCCGGCAGAGCCUGGGGCCCAUGAGCCCGGCCCAGAUGGGCGCCAACGGGCCGCACUACGCGCUCGCCCUGUCGUACUACGGGAGCGCCAUCCGGGAGAUACGCAAGGCGGAGCUGGACACCGGCAGCCUCCAGGCAGCCAUCGUGUGCUGCCUCCUCUUCGUGUGCUUCGAGGUCCUGUACGGCGACCGCGGGGCCGCGCUGUCUCACAUCGACAACGGCAAGAAGAUGAUAGACGAGCUCCUGCGGCGGCGGCGCGAGGAAGAGGAGGAGGAGAAGAGCCCCCCGGGCCGGAGCGUCGUCGGCGCCGAGGCCGUCGAGACGGACGCGAUACACGUCUUCCAGCGACUCAUCCAGCAGUCCUGGUCCUGCGACGUGCUCCGGCGGCGGGACCGGGACGACUCGGAGGAGCCUCGCGGCGGGGAGGACAGCGAAAGCGGCCAGGAGGACGACUAUUCUGAGCGGUCGUGGUGCUCCCAGGACGGUUCAGGGGGGGAGCGCGCCGCCUUCCACGAGAUGCCCUCGUCCUUCGCGACGCUUCCGGAAACCCACCGCUGGUGGGACGGCUGUGCGACGACCCCCAUCUCCGAGCGCGACGAGCGCGUCCUAAGGCACAUGGACGAGAUCGAGAUGGCCGAUGCGGACGGCGCCGGGCGCCGGUGGGACUCGGAAGACGCCCUCGCGGGGGGGGUUGUCAUGAUGCCUUCGCGCCGCUUGUGGGCCGCCGCCCGGGAAGACCGGGACGGCGAUGAAAAGGGGUGGUACGCGUGGGCGGCGCGCGCCGCUGGGCUGUGGCGACAUGCUGGCGCACCAGCGAUGGUUCUUGUCUGA